AUGUCGUCUCCAGUGUCCAUUGUCUGCGUGGGCAUGGCAGGUUCGGGUAAGACGACCUUCAUGCAACGAAUCAACUCUCAUCUGCAUUCGAAUCAAAAAGUGCCUUAUGUGAUGAACCUUGACCCCGCGGUGCACUCGGUGCCAUUUGACAGCAACAUCGAUAUCCGGGAUUCGAUCAACUACAAGGAAGUCAUGAAACAAUACAACCUCGGUCCUAACGGUGGAAUCUUGACAUCACUCAACCUGUUCGCUACUAAGGUCGACCAAAUCAUUUCUCUACUGGAAAAGCGCACUGCUCCCAACCCAGAGAACCCCACCGCUAAGAAGAUUGAACAUAUUCUGGUCGAUACACCCGGACAGAUUGAGGUCUUCGUGUGGAGUGCUUCUGGUAGCAUCCUUCUGGAGACCCUUGCCUCCUCCUUCCCUACCGUGAUCGCAUACGUUAUCGAUACUCCUCGUGCUAGCUCGACCAGCACAUUUAUGAGCAACAUGCUCUACGCCUGCAGUAUUCUCUACAAAACUAAGCUUCCAAUGAUCUUGGUCUUCAACAAGACUGACGUUCAGGACGCCGAGUUUGCAAAGGAGUGGAUGACUGAUUUCGAUAAAUUCCAAGAAUCUCUACGAAAAGAGGAAGAAGCGGGUGCCUUUGGAUCCGAAGGUAGCGUCGCCGGUUUCGGAGGUGGAAGUGGAUACAUGGGAUCACUGCUGAACAGCAUGAGUUUGAUGCUGGAGGAGUUCUACCGACACCUGAGCGUGGUUGGAGUGAGCUCUAUGACCGGUGAUGGAGUUGACGAGUUCUUUGAAGCGGUGGAAACCAAGCGACAGGAAUUCGAGCGCGACUACAAGCCCGAGCUUGAGCGCAAGAAGAAGGAGCGAGAGGAAGAUAAGGAGUCUCGACGGGAAGUCGAACUUGGCAAGUUGAUGCAAGAUAUGAAUGUCUCCGGGUCAAGCCGCGCAAAGGGCAAGAGUGCCGAGUCUGGGCCGGAAACCGUCAGUGAGGCGGAAGAUGAAGAGGACGAUAUCAUCAAGCGUGGACUUGCAGAUGGCGAGGAUGACAGUGAAGAAGAAUAUGUCGGGCCUCAUGAUGGCGACGAUGAAAGUCUGUCCCAACGUUAUCAGCAGGCUUUAUCAGGCUCUAAGAGCGCUCCUUCCGAUGCGGAUAACAGCUUCGCCAGAUACCUGCGCGCCAGCCAAAUCAAUCAAUAA